AUGACUACAACCAUGACAGUUGACAGUAAUGAAAUAAUAAGUUUACGACAAGAAAUGGAUUCUCUUCGUGAACAACUCAUAACUUUAACAGACGACAAUAAUUUUCUUCGCAAAAAAAAUUCUUCACUUCAACAAGAGAUCACUAAUGAUCAUAAUGAAUAUGCACGAAUAGAAACAGAACUUUAUAAUCAAGGACAUGAAGUAGAAAGAUUAAAGAAAGAAAAUGUCGGAUUUUUGAAAAACAAACGGGAAGUGGAAAGGAAAUUAAGGGAGGAGACACAAGCAUUUGAAAAAGAUAGAAUUACGUGGCAAGAAAGAGAAUCUGAAUUAAUUGAUCAAGUUAAAGCACUUCAAGAAACCAUCAAUGUCAUUGCCCAACAUGAAAAUGCACAAAAGAAAAUUAGUCAACCAAAUCUCCGUGAUGACAAUAAUAAUCUAUCAGCAGGACAACAAGUUUUUGAUCUAGAAAGUGAUAAUUCAGCUACCAUUACAAAUGGUUCAGGUUAUAUUUUUAAUCGUGAAGUAAGAACCGCCCAACGAACCAUCAAAGAACUUGAGAGACGUCUUAAUGAAUUGACGACUGAAAUUGAAAAUGCCAAACAGGCAACAACUGAAUCUAUGAAUUUAAAUAAGAUUCACGCUCGUAGAAUUCAUUCAUUAGAAACUGAAUUAUCUCAAGAGAAAAAUCUAAGCCGAACAUUAAGAGAAGAUAUUGAAGGAUAUCAAUUAUUAUUACACGAAAAGACUAUGAAGGAUGAUGAAACUGAGGUUGAUAAUAAAGAUAAUCCUUCAAUCAUAAAGAAGAAAUCUCUUAGUAAUGAUUUAGAAGCUGAAUUGAAUCGUGCUUCUACGCUUAGAGAAACUUUGUUGGGUGAACGUGUUUAUAAAGAAAGUGAUCAUACUGUAAUUGAAAAAUUAUUAGAUGAGAUCAAAUCACUUAAAGAUGCCAAUAAAUCAAUGGCUCUUUACAUUGAAAAGAUUCUUAAUCGUAUCAUGGAAGCACAAAGUGAGGAACUUUUAUCGACUGAUUGGUCUGCAAAGGUGGCAGCCUCGAGUCCUACUUCUCCCACAUCAGGAGGAUUUCCCUUCUCGGAUAAUAUAAAUGCUUCCAGCCCUAAGAAAAAGGAACGUCGCAAAACAGUAUCCGGUCCAUUUAACGGUCAUUUCCGUAGUACAUCUCAACCUUUAAGUACUUUCUCUCCUCAAAAAGAUAAGAUAAUAACAGAAGAACCAGAACCAAAUGCUUCAUCUGGAAACAAAAAACAAAAUGAUGGUAAACUUAAAGUAGACACUCUUUCACCACCUACGGAAUCAACUCAAAGAACAAACCAACGAAGGAACUCUACUUCUACCAGAAAUUCUAAACGCUUCAGUAUUUUUGGGUGGGGUUCUAAAGAAGAUAAAAAAGAGGAUAAAAAAGAAGAUGAAUCCAUACAAGAAAAUCAAGUUAACUAA